ACUUGGUGCAGCCGUUGGAAGAAGCGCAUCGUAGUCCAUCCACUCCCUCAUCACUCCCCGCAGUUCGCGGCGACGCACGCCAGCAUGCCUCGCUCUCGUGUCCUGUCGUUCAUGUCUCAAUGGGGAUCCCCCAGUGCGCCGCGCUCCCCCGACCCCAACGCCGGCGCCUUCACCGACACCCCAUCCCCAUCCUCCGCCUCCGCUCCUUCUUACCUGCGAAAACCUCCACCCCCCGACAUCGACAUUGCACAAGCGGCCAGCCAGCGUUUGGAUGCCGCCAUGCGCGAAUCCGGCGGCUCCCCCACCACCCACUCGCGCUCGAGAGGCGACCUGAAGCCCAAGAGAACGAGCAUGCUACAAUCCUACGUCCCUCCACAGGUCGACGUCGCCCGUGACACUCCGCCAGAGCUCCAACCCAUCUUCACCUAUCUCAACAGCCACAGCAACAAGCUCUAUCAGGAAGGCUACUUUCUCAAGCUGCACGAUCUUGACUCGCGCGGAAGACCGAGCGCUGGCAGGACGUGGACCGAGUGCUUUGCCCAGCUCAUCGGCACCGUGCUCUCCCUGUGGGAUGCUGCCGCCCUGGACGCCGCCGGCGAGGAUGCUGAAGUCGUGCCCACCUUCAUCAACCUGAGCGACGCUUCCAUCAAAAUGAUCGAAUCCCUGCCCAUGAACGGUGCGCAAGGAGGCAAUCUGCAAAAUGUCCUUAGCGUAUCCACCGCCGCCAACAACCGCUACCUACUCCACUUCAAUACCCUCAACUCCCUUACCCAGUGGACCGCCGGCAUCCGGCUCGCCAUGUUUGAGCACGCCACGCUGCAAGAAGCCUACACGGGCUCGCUGAUCGCUGGCAAGGGCCGGUACCUCAACAACAUCAAACAGAUAAUGUUUCGGCUCAAGUACCCUCAUGAAGACUGGGUCCGUGUCAGAUUCGGGGCCGGCACGCCGUGGCAGAGGUGUUGGUGUGUCAUUUCGCCCCCCGAGGAAAAGAGCUGGGAGAAGGCACAGAAGGCGGCCAAGAAGGCCGGGCCCUACGAACGCGUCAAGUAUCCAAAGGGCGACAUCAAAUUCUACGACACGCGAAAAAUCAACAAGAAGACCCUCCCAAUUGCCACCAUCACCGAUGCAUUCGCCGCCUACGCAGUCUAUCCGCAGUCCAAGCCGCUCAUCGAGCAGUCCACCCUCUUGAAGAUCGAAGGCCUUGUGAAUGUCCACGACAGCAAAGAUCAAACCACCGAGGGCUUUGUCUUCGUCAUGCCCGAAGUGCACCAAGCCGUGACCGGGUUCGAGAUGAUGCUCCGCUGGCUCUUCCCCGCCUACGACACCUUCUCCCUGUACGGACGGCCGCAGAAGCUGAUCGCCGACACCCUCGAUCAGCGAGGCCUGAUGUUUGCCAUGCCAACCAACCGGCGCUACGGCUACCUCGACAUUCUCGACGUCUCCACUUUGAUCCAUACCAAGGGCAGUCAGGGGUGGAGCGAGCGACAGUGGAGACGCGAGCUCAAGAAGCUCACCGCGGAGCGCAUGACGCAGCAGUUGGAAUCGCACGGCGCCCCGGACCCCAGAAGUCGUGCCAACACCGACACACUUGGCGUUCGAUUCGGCGACGGCGAAGUGUCCCGCUCCACCCCGGGCUCGAGAUCCGUCUCGCCCGCCGUUCGGCCUGGAGAACACUCCGCCGCCAUCCCGCGGACCAACACAGCCCCACCGGAUGCUAUGGGCAACGGCUUCAGCCCGCACAAGCGAGCCGCGUCUGAAGCUCAGGGUUAUAGGAGAUACCAGACCGAGACGCCGUCGCGGUUGUCGCAGGACGCCAGGAGGCCUGAUUCGUCAGAUGGCUUCGAGGCACCACCGCCCCCGCCGCAUAUGGGUGCUCCGGGCGGAUUGGGUCGCUCCUUCACGCCGGGCUCUCUCGAGCGCAUCCAUUCAGAAAGCACAGUCCCGACGCUGUCGGCGGGCGGGUCCAGCCAAGACCUACUCAACGGCCACCAGCGUCUCUCGCACGUCGAGCCUGUCCUCCCACCACCAGCCUUCACCCAUCCGCCGAAUAGUCGUCCGGCGAACCAACCGUACGCACCCCCCGAACUUCGUCGGGCCAAUUCCACGGUUGAUGCCGAGACGUUGGCGGAGAUGAAGGACGCUGUGACCCCUCAGCCGUACUAUGAUGGUGGACUAGAGCCGUGGAGUGGCGAAGUGCAGCACCGACAACAGAAUAUGGACCUGUGAAUAAUGUACAGGCGCAGCCCAGGAGGGAUCCGCGACAGCCACUUAGCACCAUUCCGGGCUCCCCAUACGUUCGACAUGAUUCUGCCACGAUACCACACCGCGAGGGAGUGGCAGAGAGAUCGC